AAAUCUCUGCGCAUGUGCGCAAGCCUUAGGGGGUCGCCCAGGCUGCCGCCACCGCCCCCACCACCAUAGCUCUAUGGUGUCUCCCUAGUGCUCGGCCGUUGGCGGCAGCUGCUGCGGUCUUGUGGCUUGGCCCACCGCGCGGGGCGGCAACAUGGAGGAAUUCGAUUCCGAAGACUUUUCUACCUCAGAGGAGGAUGAAGACUACGUGCCGUCGGGUGGAGAGUAUAGUGAAGAUGAUGUAAAUGAAUUAGUGAAGGAAGAUGAAGUGGAUGGUGAAGAGCAGACACAGAAAACCAAAGGGAAAAAAAGAAAGGCUCAGAGCAUUCCAGCCAGGAAGAGAAAACCAAGUGGCCUUUUGCUAGAAGAGGAAGAGGAGGGUUCCAAUGAGGAAUCUGAAGGAAGUAGCAGUGAGGAGGAAGACCCAGCUGAAGAUGAGGAAAAAGGCAUUGGGACAGAGGAUGCAAAGAAAAAGAAGGAGGAUGAAUUAUGGGCCAGCUUCCUCAAUGAUGUAGGACCAAAAACAAAAGUGGCCCCAAGUGUGCAAACUAAAAGAGAAGAAGAGACUGAAGAGACAAGUUCAAGUAAAUUGUUGGCCAGAGCAGAAGAACUAGAGAAACCUAAAGAAACAGAAAAAGUUAAAAUCACUAAAGUCUUUGAUUUUGCUGGGGAAGAAGUCAGGGUGACUAAGGAAGUGGAUGCUACAUCUAAAGAAGCAAAAUCUUUCUUCAAGCAAAAUGAAAAAGAAAAACCAUUGACUAAUGUCCCUUCAUCUCUGCCGCCACUGCCUGCUGGGUCAGGGUUAAAAAGAUCAAGUGGCAUGAGCAGCCUCCUGGGGAAAAUUGGAGCUAAGAAGCAGAAGAUGAGCACCCUUGAGAAGUCUAAAUUAGAUUGGGAAAGCUUCAAGGAGGAAGAAGGCAUUGGUGAAGAACUGGCCAUCCAUAAUCGAGGGAAGGAGGGGUACAUUGAACGGAAAGCUUUUCUAGACCGAGUGGAUCACAGGCAGUUUGAAAUUGAACGAGAUCUCAGGCUGAGCAAAAUGAAACCCUGAUGUAUGAGGAAAAUCAAUAGUUUGGUCCUGUUUACAAUGUGAGCUUCUUGUGCAUCUGUGGAAUGUUCUGGUGUCUCCCAGUGUGGUCUUUUUUCUACAUUGAAUUUGUCUUUGUAUCUUGAUCUCACAUGGUUUGUCCUUGACAAAAUAAAAAUUAAAAAAUUAA